UUCUUCCAUGUUUCUCUUAUUUUUGUACAUUCUAUCCUCCCCUCCCAUUUGAAGGGCGGCUUCUCUCGCUGGUCUCUGACGUGCCACGUGUCCGCGAACUCUGCAACUCUCUCUCUUUCUUUUGUUAUAUACGUGGAACCAAUUGAUAUUUUGAGCUUUUCAUUACAAUUCCAAAGCCUUACAAAGGCAGUCUUCAAUUUUGCAUUCUUCAUUUGUUUCUAGCUCUGAUGGCAACAGUGCUGGCUCCUUAUCGCCAUUAUAAAAAAAAUGACAUAAUCGCAAAAAAUGGAAGAUAUGAUGAUAUGGGUUUCUGGAGAUCAACCAAAUACUCGAAUUUCCCAAAAUUAGACAAAUAUACAGAGAAUUACUGUUCUUCUAAGAGUACAUUGAGAUGCUCUGUUGAACCUUCGGAAACUGAAUCUGAUAAAAUAGGAAGUGCGUUGGAGACAAAUGGAAAAGCCUCUCGAUCUCGUAUGGUUCCUGUAGGACAAGUAUUAAGAAAUCAAAUUUCUUCAGUGACCACAAGGAAGCCCACAAGGAAGCUAGUAAAUGGGUCAAGGCCUGUUAUUAAUGGGACAAGUAUUGUGAAAAAGGUUCCUUCUACAGCUCUUGUUCAGAGAAAGCAAAUUAUCAAGGAGAAAGAACUACCACCUAUUGAUGAGUUGAAGGUUCUCCCUCCCGAUGAUGGGUUCAGUUGGGCCAAAGAGGACUACAAUGUCUGGCAAAGAAAUGUGGACAUUUGGGCAUUUGUUAUCAGUUUGCGCAUCCGUGUGCUUUUUGACAAUGCAAAAUGGACAUAUAUUGGUGGAUUCUCUGAGGAAAAGCAAAAAAUUAGAAGGCGGAUAACUGCUUCAUGGGUGAGGGAAUGUGUAUUACAGCUGGGCCCAACUUUUAUUAAACUGGGGCAGCUUUCAUCGACAAGGUCUGAUUUGUUUCCCAAGGAAUUUGUGGAGGAACUUGCUAAAUUGCAGGACCGAGUGCCUGCAUUUUCACCAAGGAAAGCAAGAGAUCUUAUACAGAAGGAGUUUGGGGUUCAAAUAGACAUAAUGUUUAAGGAGUUUGAGGAUCAACCAAUAGCUGCAGCCAGUCUUGGUCAGGUACACCGAGCUGUAUUGCAUAAUGGAGAGAGAGUAGCUGUAAAAAUUCAGAGGCCUGGUCUGAAAAAACUUUUUGACAUCGAUUUACAGAAUCUGAAGAUGGUUGCAGAGUAUUUUCAGAGAAGUGAAACUCUAGGUGGACCGACAAAGGAUUGGAUUGGUAUUUAUGAUGAAUGUUCAAAGGUUUUGUAUCAAGAAAUUGAUUACGUCAAUGAAGGGAGGAAUGCUGAUAAAUUUCGUCGUGACUUUCGGAAUGUCAAGUGGGUUCGCAUACCUCGAGUAUAUUGGGAUUAUACUGGUAAAAGGGUGUUAACUUUGGAGUAUGUUCCAGGAAUUAAAAUAAAUAACUUGAAUCAGAUCGAUGCUCUAGGCUAUGAUCAUUCUGUUAUUGCUUCACGUGCGAUAGAGGCAUACUUGAUUCAGAUAUUGAAGACUGGGUUCUUUCAUGCCGAUCCCCAUCCAGGAAAUCUUGCAAUUGAUAAAGAUGGAUCUCUCAUCUAUUAUGAUUUUGGGAUGAUGGGUGAACUAAAAUCAUUUACUCAAACAAGAUUGCUCGAACUUUUCUAUGCAAUAUAUGAAAAAGAUGCAGACAAGGUUAUCAAAUGCCUCAUAGAUCUAGGUGCACUCCAACCUACUGGCGAUAUGUCACCGGUGAGGAGAUCUGUGCAGUUUUUCCUUGACAAUUCGUUGAACCAGGCACCAGAUCAAGAGCAGACUUUGACUGCAAUUGGUGAGGAUUUAUUUGCAAUAGCCCUUGAUCAGCCAUUUCGCUUCCCAUCAACAUUUACAUUUUUGUUGAGGGCCUUUUCAACACUUGAAGGUAUUGGAUACUCGUUGAAUCCAGAGUUCUCUUUUGUAAAGAUUGCAGCACCUUAUGCCCAGGAGUUGCUAGACAAGAGACAAAAGAGUCAAAGUGGAACAUAUCUUGUGGAGGAGUUCAGAAAACAAGCUGUUGAUGCUAGAAGCUCUACUAUUUCCAUGCCAUAUAGAGUUCAGCACAUUGAUGAGUUUGUAAAAAAACUUGAGGCAGGAGAUCUAAAAUUGCGAGUACGAGUACUUGAGGUAUUAGUAUUAACCAUAUUUCCAAUGUGUUUGUUCGUUGUACGUCUCUCUCUCUCUCUCUCUCUCUCUAUAUCUAUAGAUAAGAUGGAAAAUCAAGGGAAUAAUUUUGGAGGAUUAGAGGACGAUGUACUAUUGUACCUGAAAGAGAAUCACAUCUCUGAAUUGGUGUCUCAAGGAAAGAUACAACAGAUGAAUGUCACUAGUGAUCCCGUGAUGACCAGAGAAUGCCGGCCAUAUACGACAUACAUAAACUAG